UGUCAAAAGACAUUCAGCGAAGACAGUUUUCCUAGCUUUUGCACAUCGUUUUCAAUAAACUGUUGCUAAAACACGCGGCGGGCUCUUUCGAACAUUGAGGGAUGCAGCGAUGCGUGUUUCGUAAAAACAAAAAUUAUUUCCGUGUGGCACCGGUUCUUGUUUCUGUUUGACGGAUUGGAAAGUAAACAGCACUCAAAAGGAAACAUCAUAAAUUAUUUUAGCGCUUUGAAAUUAUUAUUUUUUCUUUGGAUGACAAAAGAAAUGCUUCAACCGGAAAUACUUUGGUUCGCCCGUUAUUUGUGUGCCCCACCAAAAUGACAUGGAAAUUAGAAUCUUCUGAACAGUUGCUACAAUGAUCAGAGAAAAUUCCAUCACUAAAUCAUAAUAAUAAUAAAAAAAAUCAUGAAAACUGAUAACAACCACAAAACGAUACGGACUAGUUCAUCCAUAAAUGAUGCAUACGAUAUGCAUGAAUCUCACAGCCACGAGCCUCUGGUGGCGCAAACUUACAACCUCGAAAACUUUUCGCGAGCUGUUGAGGACAAAUUUGAAGAUGAUGAAGAAGACGAUGACAUGGGAGGCCCUUGUGGCUGGGGUCCAUUGCAACCGUCCAAAUUACAGAAAUUCCGUUCAGCUCGCUGGGUCCUCUUUUGGUUAUGCUGGGCAGGUUUCAUGCAAGGAGUCAUUGUAAAUGGUUUUGUAAACGUUGUCAUAACAACAAUCGAGAGAAGGUAUCAGUUGCGUAGCACGGAAUCGGGACUUAUUGCUGGAGGAUACGAUAUAGCUUCGUUUCUGUGCCUUAUACCAGUGAGUUACUUUGGUGGUACCAGAAGCAAGCCAGUUUUUAUUGGUUUUGGUGUCCUGGUCUUGGCUCUGGGAUCUUUCGUGUUCUCACUACCUCAUUACAUGUCCGGUCAUUAUUCGUUUAGUCAGGAGCAAGAAGACUUGUGUUCUGCUACGAACAAUUCCAUGGACUGCUCAUCUGAGAACAUGUCUUAUUUGUCUCAGUACAAAUAUAUAUUCUUUUUAGGACAGUUACUUCAUGGAGCAGGUGCUGCACCAUUUUAUACGUUAGGGUGCACCUAUUUAGAUGAAAAUGUUCCCACGAAAAUGUCAUCCGUAUAUUUGGGCAUAUACUAUACAAUGGCUGUAAUUGGACCAGCGGUUGGUUACUUGAUCGGAGGACAAUUCCUCAAACUUUAUGUAGAUAUUGGUGUUGAUCCAUCAGAGUUGGGUCUAACAGCGUCCAGCAGUGUUUGGGUUGGUGCUUGGUGGAUUGGAUUCAUAUUUACAGCAAUAAUUGGUGCGCUUAUAGCAAUACCUCUCACAGCAUUUCCGAAAACCCUUCCAGGAGCUUCAAGAAUAAAAGCCGAAAAGAAAACUGAAAUGCACCAAAAGUUACAAAAUAGUGAAGCAGUCCAAAAUGGAUUUGGUACCAGUCUGAAGGAUCUUCCAUCUUCCUUCCGAUUUCUCCUCACCAAUCCUACAUUUGUGUUUCUGAGUUUGGCUGGAGCGACAGAAGGAAUGCUUGUGUCCGGAUUGGCAACCUUUCUACCAAAAGUGAUAGAAUCUCAAUUUAGUAUAGCUGCUAGCUGGGCUGCUGUGUUAGUUGGUUGCGUGACGAUUCCUGGAGCUGGCGGAGGUACAUUUCUUGGCGGUUACUUAGUCAAGAAGUUUAAUCUUCGUUGUGCGGGUAUCAUCAAAAUGUGCAUCAUCUUCUCUUUCAUCUGUGUCGGGCUUGUCUUCAUAUUUAUUCUCCAUUGUCCAAAUGCGAAAUUUGCAGGUCUCAAUCAUUUUCUGCCUAAUAGUUCUGAGCCAUCUGGCAUUCCUCGUUUUAAAGGAACUUGCAAUGAUGCUUGUGAUUGCUCGCCAAGACAAUAUGAUCCAGUCUGUGGUACAGACAACAUCGUCUACUAUUCUCCUUGCUAUGCCGGAUGUAAAAGCACUUAUCAAAUAGGCAGUACAAAAAUAUAUGGGGAUUGUAGCUGCAUCAGACAUGAAGGUCAGAAUGCAACAGUAAAUGGUCAAAACGUUAUCAUUCAAGCUACCAGGGAAAAAUGUGUUAAUUAUUGCACAUACAUGCCUGUGUUUUUAUUACUCAUAUUUUUAUCCAUGCUUUUUACAUUCCUCGUCAGUAUGCCAUCCCUUUCUGGUACUUUAAGGUGUGUUGCAGAAAGUCAAAAAUCAUUUGCUCUUGGAGUUCAAUGGAUCGCAGUACGACUUCUUGGUACUAUUCCUGCACCAAUUUUGUUCGGUUCUCUGAUUGAUCUCAGCUGCGAGUUGUGGCAAGAUACUUGCAAUAAUAAACAAGGAGCCUGUCUGUUUUACAAUAAUCAACAAAUGAGCACCAACGUUCUAAUACUUGCAUGUGUACUCAAGACAUUGUCGAGUGUAUUCUUCUUCUUUGCAUGGCUGUUGUAUUGCCCACCAGAGGGCUCAGAAGAGUGUGAGGAAAAUAAAUCAAAAGUUGAUCUUGUCAGAGAUGUUGAUAAACCAUUGAAAGAAAAGAUACCAGCUGAUGAUUAUAUUAUAACUAAAGCUGACCCAGAUGGACUUAAAAUUUCUAACGGUACUGUUAUUUAAAGUGUAAAAAUAUGAUGUAAGUUUUAAAAAAAAAGUAUUUCUUCCAUACACCCGCAAAUACAAAGUAAAGAAUUUUUUUACACAAAUCUUAACAAACUAUAUAUUAUCCUAAAUAAAUGAUAUCAAGUUUAUGUAUUAAAA